CCAAAUCCAUUAUUCUUCUUUCUUUUCACUUCUUCUUCCUCGGGGAGAUUCAGAAUUAAACCAAGAGAAUGAAAUUCUAGCUGUUUUGUUGCAGAGACUCUCUGAAGCUCAGCCAUUCCCAUGGCUACUUCUUCUGCAAAUCAAUAUAAUCCUCAUCCUCAGAGAUCAACAGGAGGAGCUAUUUCCAGUGGUUACAAUUUCCGUUCUACUUGGGAACAGAAUGCACCGUUGACGGAACAACAGCAUGCAGCUAUAGUUGCUCUUUCUCAUGCUGUUUCUGAAAGACCAUUACCAGACAAUGUGUCCCAAGAUCAAAAUCUGGUGCAGGACAGUGGUUUAACAGUGGCAACUAAAGCUAAUGCUUUGGAAGAUUUUGGAGCCAUGGAAGCUGUUUUGGUCAACACACAUCAGUUUUACAAAUGGUUUAUGGAUCUUGAAUCAGCCAUGAAGUCAGAGACAGAGGAGAAGUAUCGCCACUAUGUAAAUACAUUAACAGAACGUAUACAAACAUGCGAUGGCAUCCUCAAUCAGGUAGAUCAAACACUUCACCUAUUCAAUGAACUGCAGAUGCAAUAUCAGGAAGUUGCAACAAAGACGAAAACAUUACAUGAUGCAUGUGACCGAUUGGUGAUCGAGAAAGAAAGACUUGUCGAGUUUGCUGAAGCACUUCGGAAGAAGCUCAAUUACUUCGAUGAAUUGGAGAAUGUUGCUAGUAGUUUUUACUCUCCAAACAUGAAUGUUGGAAGCGGAAACUUUCUUCCCUUGCUUAAGCGGCUUGAUGAUAGUAUUUCGUAUGUUGAAAACAAUUCGCAAUACGCAGAGUCCGGUGUUUACAUUGUCAAAUUUAAACAACUUCAGUCUCGAGCACUGGGUAUGAUCCGCUCCCAUGUACUUUCAGUUCUCAAAAAUGCUUCAUCUCAGGUUCAUGCAGCAAUCCGAGGCAGUGGUGGUAGCAAAGCUUCCAUAUCUGAAGGUGUGGAGACAUCUGUUAUCUAUGUUCGCUUUAAAGCCGCAGCCGGGGAGCUCAAGCCAGUCUUUGAGGAAAUUGAAGGUAGAGCUUUAAGAAAAGAAUAUGCUCAAGUUCUCGCGGAGUGCCACAAGUUAUAUUGUGAACAGCGCCUCUCUUUGAUAAAAAGCAUAGUGCAUCAGAGGAUCUCGGAAUUUGCCAAGAAAGAGGAGUUGCCAUCAUUGACUAGGUCUGGAUGUGCAUACCUAGUGCAGGUAUGCCUUCAUGAGCACCAACUAUUUGUUCAUUUUUUCCGAUCUUCCUCCGAGGACAUAUCAAGUUUAUCUCCAUUAAUAGAUCCUCUGUCCACUUACUUGUAUGAUACUCUCCGCCCGAAACUUAUCCACGAAGCAAAUCUCGAUUUUCUAUGUGAACUUGUUGACAUUCUGAAAGUAAAAGUCCUUGGAGAACAGCUCAGUGCAAGAAGUGAUUCAUUAGCUAGGCUACGCCCCACACUGGAGAGAAUUUUGGCAGAUGUUCACGAGCGGUUGACUUUCCGUGCUCGUACACAUAUUCGUGAUGAGAUAGCAAACUAUAUUCCUUUUGAUGACGACCUAGAUUACCCUGCAAAGCUUGAGCGAUCUGCUGAAACUGAACCUGCAACUACCUCGGCUGAUGAGAACCCAGAUCUUUUCAAGACAUGGUAUCCACCAUUGGAGAAAACUUUAUCGUGCCUGUCAAAGCUGUAUCGUUGCCUAGAGCCUGCUGUUUUUACUGGUUUAGCUCAGGAAGCAGUAGAAGUUUGCGCAACAUCCAUCCAGAAAGCAAGCAAACUUAUUGCUAAAAACUCAAGUACAGUUGAUGGGCAACUUUUCCUCAUCAAACAUCUUCUUAUCUUAAGGGAGAAGAUUGCACCCUUUGAUAUUGAAUUUUCUGUUACACACAAAGAACUGGAUUUCUCUCAUUUGCUGGAGAAUGUAAGGCGGCUUCUUAGAGGUCAAGCUUCUCUAUUUGACUGGACAAGAUCAACCUCUCUAGCAAGAACUUUAUCCCCCCGGGUUUUGGAAAGUCAGCUGGAUGCCAAGAAGGAUCUGGAGAGAAACCUCAAAACCACUUGCGAAGAAUUUAUCAUGUUGGUCACCAAGCUAGUUGUAGAUCCAAUGCUUUCGUUUGUGACCAAGGUGACAGCAGUGAAAGGUGCAUUAUCCUCAGUCAGCCAAGACAGGAAACAAGAGUCAGCUUUGGCAAGACCCCUCAGGACUCAAGCCUUCGCUACUCCAGAUAAAGUUGUUGAGCUUGUUCAGAAGGUUGGUGAUGCUAUUCAGAAAGAGUUACCAGUUGUAUUGGCGAAGAUGAAGCUUUAUCUGCAGAACCCUUCAACAAGAACCAUUCUAUUCAAACCAAUCAAAACCAAUAUUUUGGAAGCUCAUUCUCAAGUACACGCCCUUCUAAAGUCCGAGUACUCCACUGACGAUCUACGAACCAUCAAUUUAAAAUCAAUUCAAGACUUGCAAACUCUACUAGACAGUCUUCUCUAGAGUAUACCUGUGAAGCUGAUGGUUCCUCCCUUAAAUCUUCUGUGCUUCUUUUGACUUUGAUCAUAGAAAGAAGAAAGUUCUGUUUGCAAUAUUAGAUCCUCAUAUAACCUCAAGUUAGAUCGAUGCAUGGGUCCUCAAGAUUAUAUACUGAUAUAUUUGGGCCGACUGAUCGGAGGGCCCGAAGGGGGAGGGAGUCCCUUUUAUGACCACUUUUUUGAGGCUUUUUUUGGUAAAGCCUUUUCACAUUCCUUAUGUAUCCUGGUUUUCCUAAUGUAUCUUAUUAUUCUUUUAGGGGUAUAAUUAGAAGUCAAACUUUAAUAUAACAUAUCUAAAAAUCCGUGUCUUAGAAUUUUAUAAAUUUUAUCUUGUUGGAAAGGUUAUAAAAAAAUCUAUGCAACGAGCACAAACAUCAAUAUCAAAUCUAGAGUUUUUACGAA